AUGGCGUCGGGAAAAGGCGAUUCUAGUCAAUCUCGUGCAAAAGAGAUUCUUUCGCAAAUAUUUAGCCGCAUUGGGGAGUUGUCCGAUGCCUUGGCGGGUCCUGAUGGAUCUUCCAAUAAUUCUAGCAGUGUUGGGACAAGCGACACGGUGGAGAGUGAGGUUAGGAAGGUAUUUGGACAACAACAUUCAUCGACAACAUUGUCAUCAAGCGUGGGAACAAACCACACAAGUAUUAGUACAACACAGGGUACAACCCAAGCUUCCGUUUCAGUUUCACCUUCUCCACAGCUAUUCCAGGAGCCAAAUCCUUCGUAUAACACUAGAAGAUACUUCGGUAACCAACGAUCAGCAAUGAAAUCAAAUCGUUGGAGAAAAGGAAAGGACCCAAAAACAAAAAUUAAGUACUGGGCCGUUCUUACGUGA